CUCACACCUUCACUGCAAGGUCUUACCUGUCAGGUUGACACUCCACCGCUGGCUACUAACGUCAGACGACCUAAACCCUGAGUGGAAAGUGAAAAGGAACCCGCGCCAUGGAGUCUCCAGUGAAGACGUCUCCCGUCAGACCGGGCUACCACAGACUGGAGGUCCAGAAAACGACGUGGGACGUCCCGGAGAGAUACACGGCGCUGAAGUCGAUUGGCUCCGGGGCCUACGGGACAGUGUGUUCUGCCGUUGACCAGAAGACCAAGGAGAAGGUGGCCAUCAAGAAGCUGUAUCGUCCUUUCCAGUCCCUGAUCCACACCAAACGGGCCUACAGGGAACUCCGACUGCUCCGCCACAUACAGCAUGAAAAUGUGAUCUGCCUCCUUGACGUCUUCACACCUGACUUCACACUGGAGAAAUUCCAAACCUUUUAUAUGGUAAUGCCAUUAGUAGCCCAGGAUCUGGGCCACAUUAUGAAGAGGCGGAGAUUAACUGAUCGCAUCAUCACAUACCUGUUCUACCAGCUUCUAAGGGGACUCAAGUAUAUUCAUUCUGCGGGGAUCGUUCAUCGGGAUCUGAAGCCCGGUAACCUUGCUGUGAGUGAGAACUGUGAAUUAAAGAUCCUGGAUUUCGGCCUGGCAAGACAGACAGAAGGGGAAAUGACUGGUUAUGUUGUGACGCGCUGGUACAGAGCACCAGAGGUCAUAUUCAACUGGAUGCACUACAGUCAAACAGUGGAUGUGUGGUCAGCUGCUUGUAUCCUGGCUGAGAUGAUUACUGGCCAGGUGCUUUUCCCAGGAGAGGACAGUAUUGAUCAGCUGAAGAGGAUCCUCCAUCUGACAGGAACACCAGACCCCUCCCUGGUCCAGAAGAUGCAGAGUAAAGAUGCCCAAUCUUAUGUGAAAGGUCUUCCCCCGCAAAAGAAGAAAAACUUCAAGGAAGUGUUUGCGUCCAUGGAUGGAAAUGCUGUGGACAUACUGGAGGGGAUGUUACUGCUGGACCCGGAGACGAGGCUGACAGUUAAGCAGGGACUGUCUCACCCCUUCCUGGCUGAAUAUCAUGACCCGGAGAGCGAGCCAGACUCCGAGCCGUACGACGACUCCUUCGAGAACCUGGAUCUCGCUGUUGGGGAGUGGAAGAGUCUUAUCCACAUGGAGAUCAUGACCUUCGACCCCGACAACCCCAGAAAGACAGCCAUGUAGACGCUGUGACGUGCUUACACCUCCCAGUGUUUGGUUAAAAUACAGACACCAACUGUAAAGGUCAACACUGUCAACCUGAGACAAACAUCUACAAAAAUACAUCAAAAGUAUUUUUGGUGCAUCUGAUAUGUAUUGCAAUUGAAAUGCAUGUUACAAAACGGCAGCUUUACUUUGUAUGGUGGCCUGUACAGGACCAGGUUUUGGUUCUGUAAUUUAGACACCUAUUUGAAUAGAAAUGGCAUCACCUCAAACUUGAUCAAAAACCCUGAACCACUGCUGUCUCCUCAUUUCAAAAAGUAUAAAAUAUUUUGACGAAAUUAAUUUUAACUCAAGGUCUUGACCAGAGGUGGAAAGUAAUGAAUUACAUUUACUCACGUUACUGUAAAUGAGUAGCUUUUUUUGUGUGUAGUUCUAUUUUUUAAAAGUAGUUUUUAAAAUUUUACUUUAACUUAAAGCUACAUUUUAUAAGAAUUUCUCCCAUCUAGCGUUGAGAUCAUAUAUCGCAAUCAACUCUCUCUCGCCGCGCAGUUCAAAGUAGCCUAGGUAUUGCAGCUACGGUAGCCGUGACGCUUCAAAUAACAAAAGUGUACAAAAGGCCGUCUAUCGGGCGUGGUUGUUGGAGUGCGUGUCAGAGAGUGGCGUGGACGCGCAGCACCCGACGGAAAGGAUAGGGAAAGAAAGAGCAGCGGUCCGGAGGAUAAUUAACUAGUUGGGAUUUGGUGUGUGAAUCCAAAGCAGCUCCAAAGUUCACUCUUCUUUCUGAUGACGCCGGUCUCUUGCUCUUUGCAAUAUCCGUUUUCUUUUUCUGGGCGAGGAAGAAGACUCCUGUUCCUGAAAGUUGGAUUUUGAAUAUGUGUGGUCCUCCGUGUUUCCUUCGGGAAGCGAUGAUACCCAUUAGCAGCCGUCGUGAGUCAAAAACGCGAAAGGCGGCGCGGCAUAGCCUGCAUGUCCCUUACAGGCUAACGUAUUUCAAGAUGCCGCAUGACUACGGAAAGUCUACUGUCGGAACACGAUCCGUCCUGCCUGCACGAUCCGUUCUGCGCAUGUGCAAUACGUUAGCGCAUGCGCAGAUGAUAUCAUGAUGAACGCGGAUUUACGACACCGCACGAUCUGUUCCCAUAGACAGUUAAAGAAAGUCCGUUCACCUCCACCGGAAAGCUAACGACGUUAGUUUAGCUAACAGCUAAUUUGGCUAACCACUAGCUGAGACAGCAUGUAAAAGACCCUCAAAACUUAAAAUAACAGUUAAAAUAUAUAACAGCUGUUACGUCAGUUGUACUUUACUUGUGCUCAUUUAAAAUACAAUCACUCAAUACUUGUCUUUAUUAUUACUGUAAAGUCUUAAUUUAGCUGCAGCUGCUUUUCCCAGUGUUUACUUUGAGUAAUGUUAUUUUAGGCUGAAUCAAGCUGUCAGCUAGCGAUUAGCCAAAUUAGCUUUUAGCUAAACCAACGUCGUUAGCUUUCCAGUGGCGGCUAACAACAGACCGCUACUGUGGAACAGAUCGUGCAGUGCUGUAAAUCCCUGGUAAAUCUUCGGACAUCAUGAUUAUCAUCUGCGCGUGCGCAACCAUAGUGCACAUGCGCAGAACAAAUCGUUCAGGCAGGACGGAUCGUGUACCGACAUCUACCCCAGUUCAUGCAAGCGUAAAUGUAAAAUUUCAAGCCAAUAGGUAUACUUGAAAUUGAUGGUGGUGGUCAAUAUUCAUAAAAAAGGACACGUUUGUGAACAGGCAACACCGAUUUUGACAACUACAAACGUUACACAAUGUAGCUUUAAGUGUGUUUUGUUUGAAGUGUUUGCUACAUUUUAAAUCACAUCCGAUACUGGGUAUAAAAAGGUCUCUAAUGUUGUUUUGUGUUGUUGCUUUGUGCCCUCAUCAAAUCACAAAAGACGGCGAUUUAAUCAAGUAUAAAUUAGAGAUUAAAUAAGUAAAAACAUGUAUAUUUACCCCCCCCCACUGGUAAAAAGUAACUUUUACUCUGAGUAAAUUUUAAAGGAGCUACUUUUUACUUUUACUUGAAUAGAUUUUUUACACCGGUACAUGUACUUAUACUUAAGUGAAAGUUCAGCAAAGUAAUAGUACUUCUACUUAUGCAGAAUAUUUUCUUGCUAUUUCAACCUCUGGUCUUGACUCUUAUUUAUAUUACCUUUUGUAAUAUAAAAAUAGUAAAGAUAACCCUGGCUUAGAAAAAAAAAAUAGUCUUAGUUACAUUUCAUCCAACUUUAAUUUUGUAUGUUUUGUGUCACACAUACAUAAUAUGCAAAUGCAUUUUAUGCGAUUUGGAAAGACGCAGGAUUUUUUUUUUGGAUCACCAUCUUUACUGUUGGAACACACUGGAAUUGUUUGCAAAUAAACCUCUGUAUAAAAUGA